AUGGUGUGCCACUUUCGACUCUGCCACUCCGAAGGACGUGCAUGUCAAGUUGGCGAAGCCCUUGUUCAUCGAUGUGCCUCGCGUGGAUCUGAACAAUUCAAGCACCCUAGUUAUCACAUUUCGUCCCUUCUACUUCUCGCUGGGCUUCACAUUUCCAUUGUCGAAGUUCUUCAAGGAGGUAUUCUGCGCCAUGAACUGGAGAUGAUAAUGCAAGAAUUCUUCUACUUCUCCGAGGUGAGACACUACGAGAAGGAUGCUCAGGUUCGCAUGUUCAACGCCAAGUUGUUCGACAAUUUCAGUCAAGGGGACCAUGUGUGGCAUACUGACAUGCUGGAGGUUAGCGACAAGUGGAAAGGUGAGGUCGAAGAUGGUCCGCUUGUCUCGCUCACCUACUGCGAUGACCUAUAUGAUCUGCUUGCUAAGCAGAAGAAGUCCUCAAUCGAGCUCCUUGAUAAGAGGAAGGCUAACAGUAGAUCCAUCAGAGAUGAAGUUGCAACCUCACAAUCAUGGGAUGCGUCUCCACAGAGAAAGAAACCGAGACCUCCUUCUGCCACGAGCAAGUCUUCUUCAAGGGGGGUCUCAUCUGCCAAGAAGGUUCCCACGAGAAUUGCUCAUUUUUCAUCUGCUAGGAUCAAGCGCCUCGUCGGUGCAAACAACAAGAAGGUUAGUGGCAUGCAUGAGGUUCAGGAUAUUCUGCUCAAGUCUCCGAUCGAACAGCUCAAAACCUGUGAUUUGCCCUAUAAGGAGGUUGUUGAGAAACAUAGUUCAAGUCAUCUGUGCCGGUCCGGGGAUCAAAUUGAGAGGACUGUACCCUUGCUCAACAAUCACAACUCGUCUGCCAAGCCACGAAUAAUCAAGCGCGAAGUUGAUUCAAUAUUGCAAGCUGCAGUCAAGAGGGCUAGAGAGUCAUUUUCUCGAACGAAGAGUCCUCUAGUUACACAAACUGCUAGUCUGAGAGUUGGUGAUAGUUCUGUUGGGGAUAAGAGCAUGUCUGACCUACUCAAGACAAACUUCAUGUCAAGUUUGUCUGCUUGUACCAAGCUGGUUGACCAUGUACACCAGGCUAGCGAUCUUGGGAAUCGUGGAUCAGGUUAA